AUGGAAGAGUGCUGUCGGUUUGUGAAGGAUAAGCCGCAAACUCGAGGCAGCAAGCCUUUUGAGUUUGUUACAACUGCUCCAUGCCAUAAUUCUUCUCAACAUGUGGCUAACAAUUUUCCUUCCGGACACCAUGAGAAGCUACCUUACGGUAAUAAAGACAUGGUGUCCAUAUAUCAUGUUCGUGAGUAUGAUGUUCAUAAGCUGAUGCAAGUUCAGGAGCCAAUCGAUAUUUUUCUUUCUCACGAUUGGCCUCUUGGUAUUACUGAUUAUGGGAACUCACGAGAUCUUUUACGCCGAAAAUCUCAUUUUGAACAAGAGAUUCAGAAAGGAACAUUGGGAAAUCCAGCUGCAAGAGAUCUUAUGGCUAAGUUGAGGCCAUCAUACUAUUUUUUGGCACAUUUACACUGCAAAUUUUCGGCUCUCGUUCAACAUGGAGAAAUCGGGCCCGUUACGGAAUUUCUUGCCCUCGAUAAGUGCCUCCCUGGAAAUAAAUUUUUGCAGGUCAUCGAAAUUGAAUCAGAAAACGGGCCUCACGUUCUCCAUUACGAUGAGGAAUGGCUUGCAAUCACUAUAAGAAAUUUAACCCAAUCUUCCCUCGGACUAAAUUACGACCAAAUUUUAGAGUGCCGUCGGUUUGUGAAGGAUAAGCUGCAAACUCGAGGCAGCAAGCCUUUUGAGUUUGUUACAACUGCUCCAUGCCAUAAUUCUUCUCAACAUGCGGCUAACAAUUUUCCUUCCGGACAUUGGAGGAACCCUCAAACAGAAGCUCUAUUAGAGUUACUAGGCCUCGAGUAUUUUCUUGAUUAG